AUGUCCACUGAGAUGGUGUCCACUGAGCCAGUUCCACCUCUGGAGCUUUCAGAAGACAUACUGGACAAGUUCGAUCCUCACUGCAGCCUCUCAGAUGACCUUUCAGACCAGUUCAUUAAGGACUGUGACCUCAAAAAGAAGCAAAGGAAGGGGAAGAAUGCACAGGCCACUCUGAAUGUUGAGUCAGAGCAGAAGAAACCCAGAAGGAAAGACACACCUGCACUGCACAUCCCACCUUUCCUACCAGGUGUGAUUCCAGAACACUUAAUUAAAAGAUACGAUGUUCCAGAGAGAGUUCCAAAGGGCAAAACAGGCCCAGCCCUUCACAACGCCGACAUGGAACAGAAGAGGCCAAGGAGAAAAGACACACCUGCCCUGCAUAUGCCUCCCUUUGUUGCAGGUUUGACUCUGCUUGGAGAUGAGAGCCCCAGAGUGAUCAUGGAAGAUGACGAGAAGGACGGUGACAAGCUAGCUAUUUAA